AUGGUACCGAGCGAGCAAGGUUCGAAUUGGCUUAGACGACCAAGCGGCGGUGCUGCGAACAAUGAACUUCACGACGAGCGGAAUGCGGCGAAAUCGAAGCUCUCCAUCACGCAGGAAGAGUUGGAGAACUUAUCCAGUCCAAUAGGAAACAUCGUCCAAUCUGAAUCCAGGAAAACUGAAAUGAACAUAUGGCGUCAGAGACGUUCGCUGCUUCAACCGCCUGCUUCCCGGAUCAAAAUCGACAAUGAAUAUUUGUACCGAGUCGAGGAAAAAGCUUUCAUGUUGCCACUUUUACGAGUCGCUGCCAUUGUCCGACGAAGCAUCGUCGAAACAAUUUCUCGUGGAAGCAUUUUUGGGUCUGUUCGGGAUAUUUGCCCUUUCUAA